GGCUCUGUCUCAGCCGGCCACCCGCCCGCCUCCGGCGCCAUCUUGCCGCGGCCGCGGGCAGCGGAGCCGGCCCGGCCAUGCCGCAUUUCCAGGCCUGGGAGGAGUUCACCCGCGCCGCCGAGAAGCUCUACCUCGCCGACCCCAUGAAGGUGCGUGUUGUUCUCAAAUACCGACAUUGUGAUGGRAAUCUCUGCAUCAAAGUAACAGAUGAUGUGGCUUGUUUGCUGUACAGAACAGACCAGGCACAAGACGUGAAGAAGAUAGAGAAAUUCCACAGUCAGCUCAUGCGACUCAUGGUGGCGAAGGAAUCCCGCAGUGCUGCCAUGGAAACAGACUGAAGUGCUGCGAAUAAGAGUGCUCUGGUCAUAUUUCRCUGGAAAAAAUCUCUUGGAUUUGAAUGAAAAACUGGGACAGGAGAUGCUUUUAUGUACUAAAGUGGACUGAUGACAAGUCUGAAGUAUUUUCACCCCUCAGACUCCACUUUGGAAAUCUAGGAAAAUAAGUGCUUUCAAUUGAAAGCUUAUAUUUAUUUUUGGGUAUCARGCAACUAUUCUUACACAUUAGGUAUGCUAAGAAGACAAGUAAAUAUUUUAAAUCUACAUUAUGUUAGUCUGAAUUUGGUAGGCCACAAGCAUACAUCUGGAAAGUUACUGUAAAAUUUCAUAUAGAUUUCAUUGGUUUCCUACCUUACACCUGGUGUAUUCUUAAAAUGAAAGGGUUUAUUAACCUAAUACUGUAGCAUGGUUACUGGGUCUGAUGAAUAUUUACAUACAUUAUAUAAAUCUGUUUGGUUUAAAAUAACAGAUGUUUUCUGAACUGAAAUGUUGAAAAUGCUGGUUUAAAAUAACAGAUGUUUUCUGAACUGAAAUGUUGAAAUUGCCAAUUUGUAUUACCACUGUCACUGGCAACACUCUAGCUUUUGGUAUUGCUCUUUGUCCUAAGCCGUGCAACAUUAUCCAUGAUGCAGUUUGUAGAACUGUUAUAUUGGCUMAGUAAUUAAACUUCUGUAUUUUAAAAAUUAAAAUAGAACUUCACGGAAUAUUGCUAGAGAAACUGGGGGGAGGGGGUUUCUCUGCUUGUGCAAAUACUUUUAGUAAAAGAUAGUGGCUUUUUUACAUCCUUGAACUAUUUGGUACUAGCAGGGAUUCCUUUUCCCAUCCUUGCUUCAGGCAGAGUUSAAGUCUAUCAUCAAGACAAAUUCUAGAAGCUCUUGCCUAUUAUGUUAAUAGAAAAUAUCCUUCCAGACACUGUCUGGAUUCCUUAUUCUAGCAGCUUGUUAACUGCAUUUUCAAAUGUUACACGUGGCAAAUGGAUGUCAGCCAAAUGAAUAAAUGGAUGAAAACAGCUUAAUAAAUACUUAAAUACCAAUGUCAAAAAUAGACCAAUGCUUCUGUAGCUUAGACUUGUUUCUCACUGUAACCUCUGUAGGCUGAUGGAAGCCUUAAUUGUCUCUUGCAAAAAAAAGCUUUUUCUGUGAAAACCCAGUAGCUAAAAUUGAUACUUGCUUUGACUAGGUCUUGCAUACUUCAAAACAGAUGAACAUUUUCAUGUAAUUAGGCUAUUGAUAUCAGAACUAAUUUUUUGGGUUAAACCAAGCCACGGAAGUAAAGCAGAGCCCUACUUGCAGUGGCAUUUAUAUAUAACRAAACAAUCUACUAAGUAGCUACCUGCUGUCACUUACAUAAAAAUAAUGGAGCUACUGGGAAGCAGGACCUUUACACAUUUGCCAAAAGCUUGAAAAAAACCCACCAGGCUUAAAUAUUGUAUUAGAGUAGCCUUUCAGCUGCAUAUAAAAUGUUGCAURUUGUUGGAAAAUACUGCAGCACUAAAUUCCCAGUGACUGCUCAAAAUUCAAGUCUGGAGGAGUGACUGGUAUGUGUGUAACAUUUUUGUAUUGGCUUUUGWAAUAUAAAUAAAGCCAGAGAGAAGGUUGAACUUUGUUAAUUGUUAAACUUUCAUAAGAUACUGUAAUACUGACAUUUUUCUUUGGUGCUCCAAAUAAUAGUCCUAAUAUUUGCAAUACAGUAGUAGAGAGUCUGGGUGUACCAAGUGGCUGAAAGCCUUAAGCUUUAUACUCCAKUGGGCUGUCACAGUAGUGUAUAUUACAGUAGCAGCUGUCAAGCAAAACAGGCAGGGUAAUACAUUUCUAGUUUUCUAAAUUCUAAUUUCCCUAAAACCAUGGGGAAAUAAUGCCACUUUUGUAACAGUAUGUGUUGUUAAGCUUGUUCUCCAUAUACUCAGAAAAAACUGGGGUGUUUCCGUGCAAUUAGAAUGCAAAAGAUUACAGAACAGCUGCUUAAAAAAUGUUUUGGAUACUUCUUUAGAAAAACACAGGUGCUUCUUAACUUUGUCUUGGAAUUUUCAGAAAUUUCUGUACCAUAUUUAUGGGGCAGUAGAGAAGCUCUGAAUUCUGAGCUCUGUUUAUUUCAUGCCUAUACUUCUGCUGAGAUUAUGUGUGCUUAUGUACACUGAUCACUUCCCUAAUAAACAUUCACUGAGUUAGUC